AUGUCAUUCACCCCAGCCAGGACUCAGCUCAGCUCGAUCAGGAAAGCCAUCCAGCAGACGACCCCCCACGCAAGAAGAGUCGGCAGAACAUCAUACUCCACCGGCCAGUCAUCAUCAUCAUCAUCGAAACAGGACAAACAGCAGGAUGACAACCUGCCCGCUGGCGUAUCCCCCUGGGCCAGAUUCAUGGACGUACUCAAAUCCGAAUAUGCCAAGAGUCAGGAGAUACAGGAAAAUGUGCGAGAGCUAACAGGAACAGCACAGGGAAUCAAAGACUCAGAGGCCGCACAGAAGAUGAGGAAAGCCUACACGGCCAUGCGUCUAGAGAGUCUGAUCAAGGAGAACCCAAAGCUGGCACGGAUGGCCAAGACGCUGAGCAGCACGGGUAAAUCGGUCUCCGAGGCAGUCAACAAGGCGGCCAAUGAGAUCGAGGAGAGUCGGCUGAUCCAGACGGCCCGCCGGGUCUCCAAGGAGCUCGACAGGCGGAUCGCCGAACCUAUCCGCCAGACUGAAGUCUACAAAGUCGUCGAGGAUACUGUCGAUUUCUCGCAGGGCGCACUCAGAUACGGGGGCUACAUCGAAAAGGAAGAACGUAAUCGCAGACGCCAGAAACGGCUCGAUCGGCUCGCCAAAGCUAACCCCUCCUCCUCCAUCCUCUCGGCCUCCAGCAACUCUUCUCUCCAAGCUUCUGCCAGCAACCCCGCCGCCGCCGCCGCCUCCUCUUCUUCUUCACCAUCACCAUCAUCGCCAUCUUCAUCAGAAAUCCCACCAGCGACAGAAGAGUCCUCGAGUACGAACAUCGAAGAAUCUCAGAUAGCCGAGAAUCCGAACGCACCACCAGCAUUAGUUUUACAUGCGACUGCCAACGAGGAGCCGGCAGAGGACUCGAACACGAUUGGCUCACGCAUGAAGGGCACACUGACUGGCAGCGGGCUUAAGGAGAUCUGGAAAAACGUCCAAGAAGGAUAUGCCGAGUCAGAGAACCCAGUCGUCGCCUCAAUCCGCUCCGUCACCGGCUUCCUCCGCCGAAACCUCCUCGACGAGACCGAGACGGCAAAGGUAAUCAGACUCGUCAAGGAGGUCGAUCCGGCCUUCAACUACGACGCCUUCCUUGCCGAUCUGCGCGAAUUCAUCAUCCCUGACUUCGUCGACUCCUUCGUCGAUAAUGACUUAAAGGCGCUGAAGAUGUGGACCUCAGAAGCCGCUUUUAAUGUCCAAUCUGCCCCGAUGAAGAUGUAUCUCCAAAGAGGAUUGAGGCCGGCAAAUCAGAUCAUCGACCUCAAAGGAAUCGAUAUCCUAUCGGCCAAAGUUUUAGAGGAGCGGGAUCUGCCGGUGUUCAUAGUAGCCUUCAAGACGCAUGAGAUCAACUGUUACAUCAACCCGAACAAGCGGGUCUCGGCGACGAGCAAAGGAUCGGCGGUGCCUGAGACGGACGAGGAGGAAGGAUAUGCGGUCGAGGUGGGCAGUCGGGAAGACAUCCAGGCCGUCCAAUACGUCGUCGUCCUCACCAAAGACGCCCUGCUCAACGCGUCCACUUCUACCUCUGAGACAGAGGAGGACGGCGACGAGGAGGAGUCUGUCGAUGGGCAGGAGCAGGAAAAGCCUUCCGAGACCCGUCAGAAGAAAAAAUCUUCCUCAGAGGCUCCCGCCCCGGGCUCUAAGCAAGCUGCUAAGGAUCCAAAUGUUGUUCCUGAUGAUCAUACUGCUCUCACUGGCGGCUGGAAGGUCAUCGACUUGGCUCGUCGAAGCUCCAUCGCAUUCUUGUAA